AAAGACUUGAGAAAAGGCGAGACAAAAUAAAUCUUGGUCCUAGUUAAUCAUUCAUCCCUUCCAUAUCAUUCAUCUCAUCUCUCAAUAAACCCCCCUUUUUUUUUUCCCUCUUGGAAAAGAAGCCUGCCAUGGAUAGAGAACAAGAAGAGAUGCAAUUUUUAGGCCUCUUUGGGAUUUAUGUUGAAGCUUACAAUCUGGUUUUCAGAUGGAGAAAAAUAUUCAGCCAAAUCACUCUUUCUUUGAUCUUUCCCUUAUCCUUUAUUUUCUUAGCUCAUCUUGAAAUCUCCCAUCAGUUGAGCCUCAAAAUCUCAUACAAUGAAAUCCAGUUAGAAGACACUCAAUCAGGCACACAACAAAAAGAGAGGCUCCAUCAUCUGGUCACAUCAGAAUUCGCAAUCCUAUGCCUUUUUAAACUCGUUUACUUCACAUUUUUUCUCGUGUUUUCUCUCCUUUCCACGGCCGCCGUGGUUUACACGAUCGCCUGUAUUUACACCGGCCACGAAAUCGCCUUCAAGAAGGUCAUGAGUGUCGUUCCAAAGGUUUGGAAAAGGCUAAUGGUCACUUUCUUGUGUACUUUUCUAGCCUUCUUACUAUAUAAUUUUGUUGCUAUCAUACUCCUUGUUAUCUUCACCUUUGCCCUUGGAGAUACGGUCAUUGGAGCAAUUUUUAUAACCAUUUUGUUGAUUUUGUAUGUUGUUGGAUUUUUGUACAUGUCCAUAAUUUGGCAACUGGCAAGUGUUGUUUCUGUUUUGGAAGAUUCAUAUGGGAUCAAAGCAAUGAUGAAAAGCAAGGAAUUGAUCAAAGGGAAGGUGUUGAUUUCAAUAAUCAUAUUCUUCAAGCUGAAUUUGGGAAUGGCUGUGAUUCAAUUGUUGUUUGAUUUCUAUGUCAUUCAUGGUGGUAGUUGGAGACUUGGAUUAUUGCAUAGAAUUGGAUUUGGGAUUCUUUGCUUUCUGUUGCUUUUCAAGUUGAUAUUGUUUGGAUUAGUGAUCCAAACAAUUAUUUACUUUGUUUGCAAGUCAUAUCACCAUGAAAACAUUGACAAAUCAGUACUUUCUGAUCAUCUUGAGGAGUAUUUGGGAGAUUAUGUGCCUUUGAAGGCCAAGGAUGUACAACUUGAGGAAUAUGAUCAGGCUUGAUUAUGGGAUCGAUUGAGGUUGUACUUUUUAUAGAAUUGUAAUUCUUUUCCUUUUCUUUUUUUACUUCUACGUAAUUAACUUGUGUACGAAAAAUUAUAAUUACAAAUCGCCCAUAGAUCAUAACAAAUUACUUUAUCAAUUGAAAAAUAGUCUACUUUAUUGUAUUAUUUUAGUUUAAGAAAUAUAUAUUUUUCUACAAAUGGUUCUUUCAAAUCUCUCUCAUAAGC